GCUGCUGAUGGUGAAAAGUUACAUCACGCAUGUUGUCAGAGGAAAAAGUGCUUCGUCUCUUGUAUUUCGCAUUAAGUUGGAACCUUUCUCUUGUUGAAACAAAUCGUGCAAACCUGCCCCUUUUGGUGGAUAGCGUAUCGUACCGGUGGAACAGUUCGUGUCCGGAUCAGUGAAAAUGCACUAGCGCACGGAAAGGAUACAUUGCCGAGCAGAACUCUCACGCUUUUUCGAUUAUGUCCGAGUCCAAGCAGUUAUUUAUUUGAGUUGCCCGAAAAAAAGAAAGCACCGCUAUUAGCAGAAGAUUACUGCCGGAUGAACUGAGAGCACGGCGCUAGAAAGUGUAUUUUUUGUUUGUUAUCGAUUAAUAGUGCACAGUAUCCCAGCCUAGAAAGAUUAUUCCAUCGCAAUUAGUUCAUACACCAAGGCAUUUUAAAAAAUAUUAGUUUUUUCAGAAACGUUUUUGAGCCAAUUUGUGUCUUUCCUUUUUCUCUGAAUUUUGUGUGUUGUUGUAGGAAAAUAUUCGAAACAAAGCCGAAUCACACGAGUAUCUUUCUAAUCAGCUUCUUUUUGCUACUACUAUUAUGCCUUUCGUCGCCAUCGCCAUUCGAACGUAACAUAAACUUGAAAAACAAAUCGAUCGAAUCGCGUAAUCUCGCGGAAAAUACAUCUUCGGCUCGCGGUUCAAAAACACAACAAACCAAAAAAAAACUGCUACGAAAACAAACUUUUGAAAAUACGUGUGAACAUUAAUAAAAACAAAACGAAUGGCCGCGUAUCUGAACCGUACCCUGUCGAUGGUGACUGGCUCGAAUGGGUCGGCUUCCACGUACGACACGGCGGCACUGCUUGACGCCAAUACCUCAUCGCCCCGGGGUCUGCAUGCUGCCGGCGGUGCCGCCACCGGUCACAACGAUGUCUCGCCGCUGCAGAUAUUCGUCCGUGCCAAGAAGAAGAUCAACGACAUCUUCGGUGAAAUCGAGGACUAUGUGGUCGAGACCACCGGAUUCAUUGACGACCUCCCGAAGGUGGUGGAAAUCGUGGACAAAGCCGAAUCGGAAAUGUUCAAAAGCUAUGUAUUGAAGGUAUCCGGCAUUCGGGAGGUGCUGGCCCGAGAUCACAUGAAGGUGGCCUUUUUUGGGCGUACCUCGAACGGGAAAAGCUCGGUGAUCAACGCUAUGCUGCGGGACAAAAUUCUGCCGAGUGGUAUCGGUCAUACGACCCAUUGCUUCUGCCAGGUCGAGGGCAUAGACGGCGACGAGGCGUAUCUGGUGAAGGAAGGCUGCGAUGAGAAGCUGAAUGUUACGUCGAUCAAACAACUCGCCAACGCACUCUGCCAGGACAAGCUCUCGGAAAGCUCGAUGAUACGAAUAUUUUGGCCCCGCAAACGGUGCAGCCUGCUGAGGGACGAUGUGGUGUUUGUCGAUUCGCCCGGUGUGGAUGUGUCGCCGAACCUGAACGACUGGAUCGACAAUUUCUGCUUGAAUGCCGAUGUGUUUGUGCUGGUGCUGAACGCUGAAUCCACAAUGACCUUGGCGGAAAAGUCCUUCUUUCACCAGGUGUCUACCCGCUUAUCGAAACCGAACAUUUUCGUGUUGAACAACCGUUGGGAUGCGUCCGCAUCGGAACCAGAGUCUCAAGAAUCGGUCAAAGCACAGCACCAGGAGCGAUGCGUCGAUUUUCUCGUAAAGGAAUUGAAGGUUGCCUCCGGGAAGGAAGCCGAAGAACGCGUUUUCUUCGUGUCAGCCCGCGAAACGUUGCAGGCCCGGUUGAAGGAAGCGGAAGGACUCCCACCCAUUGCCGGUGCGUUGGCUGAUGGUUUCCAGAAUCGCUACUUCGAGUUCCAGGAUUUCGAGCGGAAGUUCGAGGAAUGCAUCUCGAAGAGCGCAGUCCGCACGAAGUUCGAACAGCACAGCUCCCGGGGCAAGAGCAUUUCCAACGAGAUGCGAACCAUGCUGGACAAUAUCUACGAUCGGGCGAACGUUCUGCGCAACCAGAAGCUCGAGCAGAAGAAGAAACUAACCGAUCGGAUUGCCACCACCGAAACGCAGCUGAUGCAGGUGACGCGCGAAAUGAAGAUGAAGAUUCACAACAUGGUCGAAGAGGUGGAACAGAAGGUAGCUAAGGCACUGAAUGAAGAGAUUUGGCGACUGAAUGUACUGGUUGAUGAGUUCAAUCUGCCCUUCCACGCGGAUCAACUGGUACUCAAUGUUUACAAGAAGGAAAUAAAUGCCCACGUAGAAAGUGGUCUCGGAUCAAAUCUUAGGGCACGGCUCAGCACAGCUUUGGCUAUGAAUGUUGAAACAGCUCAGCGGGAGAUGACCGACAGGAUGACAUCUCUGAUUCCUCCGGAGAAGAUUAUUACCCACACCCACCACGUCAUUGCGAGGAACCAGCCGUUUGAAAUGCUGUACUCGCUAAACUGUCAGAACCUGUGUGCCGAUUUCCAAGAGAACCUCGAGUUCCAAUUCUCCUGGGGCAUAACGGCGUUCAUUGCGCGAUUCAAUGGCAAAAUGCGGCCUAACAACAAGAAAGCCAUUACGCACAACAGACAGAGUAGUAAUAUGAAUGUAUCGCAAAUUAUGUCACCCACUUCACCGAUGUGUCUUAUGCCGGAGAACGAGCUAAUCACAGAGGAGCAGCUAUCGGUGAUAUCAAAGGUGGCGAUAGCUUCGAUUGGAUCGCAGGGCACGCUGGGACUGCUGGUGGCAGGAGUGCUCCUGAAAACGAUCGGCUGGCGAGUGAUUGUGGGCGCCGGUAUCCUGUACGGUAGCGUGUACCUCUACGAGCGCCUAUCAUGGACCAACGCCGCCAAGGAGAAGAACUUCAAGACCCAAUACGUGCAGCACGCUACGCGAAAACUGAAGUUGAUCGUUGAUCUGACCUCGGCUAACUGCAGCCAUCAGGUGCAACAGGAGCUAUCCAGCACCUUUGCCCGUUUGUGCCGCGUGGUGGACACUGCCACAACCGAGAUGAACACUGAGCUGAAGGACAUCGAAACCUCGCUGGGCGUUAUCGAGUCUAACCAGAAGCAGAUCAAAGUGCUGAGUAACAAGGCCAGCUUCAUCCAACGCGAGCUGGAGAUCUUCGACAGCAACUACAUCAAGGAGAACUAAAACUAAGCAGCAACCGAAGCAAGAUUAGAUUUAAUAUAUUGGACUGGAGUAGAUGGAACAUUGUCCCACAACGGUAUCGAUACCAAACAAAGUUUGCUACGUGGACAGAUGUGACAGAAAGUUUUGCUACAGAGCUAUAUUGUUGUUCCUUGGCCACUUUUUUACCUGGAUCGAUACUUCAAAACUUUACAAGCUUAGUUUUAAAUGUUACUUGCUUUAGUAGGUUUUCCAAUCCUGUUUAGUUGCUGUGCAUACAAACCCAUGUUGUGUUAAAUAUCUAUGUCACCCCCACAGGAAGAAUCUAUACAAUAACCGAAUACUAAACAGAAUAUUGAUGCAAGUGAGUGCAACUUACUUAGAAAAUCUUAACGAAAUAUUUCAAUGUAACUGUGUAUAAUAUAUUAUAAGAAUUAGUGCUCUAGCUACGACACCGAUAAAUAGGAGAAGUGAACAAUUUUCUGUAUAUAUUUUUGUCUCCUCCCGUACCGAUUAAAGGCACUUGUUGAAGAAAAUAGAUGAGAGCUGUUGUAAAAAAAUAUAUCAUAAUCUAUGAAAAAUCGGAUUCUAGAGAAAAACCUAACUUGCAUAGAAUUGAAGCUAGCGAACCAAUAUCGAUAGAUAAAUUGAUUAUUAGUGAUUUUUACGGCUGAGCCGCUGGCUUAACCCUUUUUUUCGAAUCAAAUUGUACUGAAAACUGAUUUUUAAUUUAAAAUUUGAUCACUGAAAUAAAGUAUUUCCGACUUAA